GCCGUAGUAUGCCCAAUUGCCCGGAUGACAGGGGAGUUUGAAAAACAAUGGACUGUAAAAACCGGCGGUUGUAGCUAAAAGAGCUAACUAGUGUUGUGAUAUAAAUUGGAAACUUAAAUUCGGCAAAUUACAAUACUAGCUAGAUAAUUCUGCAAUGCAAGGUUUGUCCCUGUGACCAGCAGUCUAGUCAUUUUUGGUGUUCGUGGACCAGGACGGGACCACCAUGCAGCAGCACCCACCAGGGGCAGGAGGGUGCUUCUUGGGUAUGCUGUCCCCUGGCCAUGGGGCAAGAAAGCUGGAAGGGAAAUCUUUCUACCUGGACGCUGUGAAGAGUCGCCCUGCAGCCUUUCUUGCGGAGGCCAUAUCCCAUCUCGGAGGGAGAAUUGAGAGUUUCCUGAAUAAGGAUGUCAGCUUUGUUGUGACUGGGAGCCUAGAGGGACUCCGAAGCGAGAGUUUCGAAGUGACCCGAGGUGGGUCAGAUGGGAUGACCGGGGAGUGUCACAGCUCUCCCCGCUCCACUAAACCGAGAGAGAGCAUCAUGACCAGCACCAGGCAGCAGCGUCCAGCCACUGGCACUCCCAGACCAAUGGUGUGUGGCAGCCGCGGGAAGGCCCUGCUAGAGAAAGCCAUUAGGAAUAAUGAACGGCUUCAGGGGAACAGUGUUUUGGCCAAUGCCCGCUCCUGGGGAGUCAAGAUCGUGCACGUGGACGAUCUCCUGACGCAUGUCCAACUAUUGACAGCGGAGAGCUCCAAGGCCAGACGCAGGAAAACUGAGCUGAAAAAUUCCAACAAGUAUCCUGCUGUGUCUCGUGUCAUCAAAGCUGGUGCCUUGAAGUCCCCUAUCUGAAGGUAGAGGAUUCAAGCAGGAAAUACAAGGCUCUGCACAUGCAGUCCAUGACCUUUCCCAAUCUGUGCUACUCUGGCCGGUUCAGUCCUUUUGAGCCCCCUGCACCCCCCCAGCCUGAGAGAGUCAAGGAGCAGGAACAAAACAAAGCCAG